AUGCUCAAACAAGUGGCUGGUUCAACUGGCGGUCGAAAUACCAAGACGAAGAACGAUCAGUUCGUCACUCUACUGAAUAGGACUCUCUCCAAGGAGGAUAGUCGCGUCAUUACGGAGUGUACCAAGCUGAUAGUCACUGGAGGACAGUCGCUUAUCGAUGACCAGCUACGGAGUAUCCUGCGCAGAGUUUAUCGAAUUCUUUGGGGAACCGGUAGCCAAAGUCACAGGGAGUUGAUUGAACGUUUCGACGAUAUGGCAAGACGUGUGAAGAAGAAUCCACGAGUGCCGGUUCUAUGGCGACAAGUGAUGGAGGAGUCUAGUGCAUCGCAGCCAGCUGCAAAGAGGGCCAAGUUUGAUCCGACACAAGUCCAGCAGGUUCCCCGUUGA